AUGGUGAACAGUGUGUUUCAGGAAUUACUAAGAUUGAGUGCGACGGCGAGACGUACAAUGGACAGUGGAGAGGUGGUGACUCUAGCUGGAGUAGACAGUGAACGCUUCAUGAAAGCGUACGCAAUUGUGCAGCGAUCGUGCAUGCUGUCAAAGCAUAUUGGGGCCUACAGACGAAGAAUCUCCAAGGUUAGUGCAAAUCAAGUAGAAUUUACAAAUGAAGCGUUGGUGGGUAUUCAAGCAAUCAAGCUUUAUGCAUGGGAAGACUCGAUCAACGAGACCAUCCGGCAGAUUUGUACUGAAGAAGUGACGUUGAUGCGGCAGUAUAACUAUCUGCGCUUGUGUAACGCGGUGUUGAUGUUUCUAGCACCGUCGAUUAUAAACAUGAUGUGUUUUAUGGUAUAUAUUCUAUUGAGUAACACGUUGGAUGCUGCGACGACAUUUGUGAUCGUUGCUCUCACAAAUGCUUGCAAAGUCGCCUUCAGUAUUUUCGCAAACUUUUCCGUUGCUGUGUCUGAAGUGAUCAUUUCAGCUCUUCGUGUGAAAGACUUCUUAGUGUCUGGAGAUGUGGAGGGGAAAUCACAGCUUGAGCUCAAUCAAGGCCAUGAUACUGCCAUUGUGUCCUUCCAAGACGCCGACUUUCAGUGGACCGAAGAAACUCCGGUACCAACACUUUCAAAUCUAACGUUUCAAUUGCAGACUGGAAGUCUCACCGUCAUUGUUGGACCAGUCGAAAGUGGCAAGUCCAGCCUCGUUAACGCUAUUUUGGGAGAAAUGCAGCAACUCCGUGGUACGCGUGUUGUUCGUGGCAACAUGGCGUAUGCAAGUCAGCAAGCGUGGAUUCAAAACCAAACUGUGCGCGAUAACAUUCUGUUCGGUGAGACUUACGACGCACAGCACUAUCAACGUGUAAUUGAGGCUUGUCAAUUAAAACCAGACUUUGACAUGCUAGAACGAGGCGAUCAGACAGAGGUCGGCGAGCGUGGGAUUACCCUGAGUGGUGGCCAGAAAUCUCGCGUAGGAUUGGCACGCGCCAUGUAUCGGGCUCGCCACUGUGAUUUCGUCGUGCUUGAUGAUGCUCUCAGCGCAUUGGACGUGCAUGUGUCAAAUGCAGUGUUUUUCUAUGGCGUUAUGGGGAUUGCGCAGGGUUUGACUCGUAUACUGGUGCUGAACUCGCACUAUCAUUCGUUGCAGUAUGCGGAUCGUGUGCUAGUGAUGUCGAACGGUCAAAUUGUGGGGGGACGGAACACUGGAUCAACUUCAAGGCAAAUUUUUGCUCCUGGAGUCUCCUUCCCCUGUCAACCAAAGCAAUGA